UGCAAGCGCCACAGUGAGCGCGGGUUUAGUUUUCUGUGAUCACGCGGCAGCGGCGCUCUCUGUCGGCGACCUCCGGAGUUUCGCAACCGUGAGACAUUUCCUAGUGCAAGUGAAGUGCUAAGCUAAUCGUUGUGCGUAUCCGGCGGAAGUCCGCAUGGUGCACGCUUGCGUCAUCAGGGCGAGUCGCCGAGGGCAGCCUCUGAUCUAUGCCGGGUUAGAUACCGGACCAAUGAGACUAAAUUCUGUGCAUACUGAGUGAUAAUAAGUGUAAUUUUGCCGUGUGUGCUCCGACGAUGCGUUUUAUUAGAGAAAUGGACAGUGAAACGCGCGUAUUAUAAACAAACGCGUGGAAAUGAAAAGGGAAAAGUACAAGGUCAUCAUACACGGGCUGGGUGAGCGAUGAAGGGGUGGUUCGACGCGUUCCGCGAGGAAGGCGGGCCAACCCUAUACGCAUAUCACAACCGGACGGCGGUGGCGGCGGACGUGCCGGCGCUCGCGCUGCUGCUCGCUGCCCUCACGCUCUACCUCGCCUUCCUCGCCAUCUUCCCAGGGAUCAGGAAAGAGAGAUUUUCAACAUUCACCGUAGUAACACUCAGCCUAUUCGUCGGCACCGUAAUCUUAGUGUGUAAGCACGGCUCAUCGUGGCACGUGGCGGGCGCGCGCGUUGCCCGCGCCGCGUACCGGGCCUUCUCCGCCGAGCGGCUCGACUGCUGGCUGGCGGUGCACGUCGGGCUGGGACACGUUAACGUCACGCUCACUGCCUUAUCAUGGGGAAAUACAAGUAUUGGAGACCCAGGAGUGGACUACAACGAACAAUUUCGAUGGGAGGAGGCCGGGGCCAUCCAGGACUGGUACCGAGCCGGAUUGACGCGAGGUCUUCCUUACCCUGUGCUGUCGGUAGCUGAACACUUCGCGGUGCAACACGAAGGCUUCGAGUGGGGAGCAAAAUACCGCGCCGCAGGAUACACUACUGCGACACUGCUAUGGACGGCCUUAGCUCUUUGGUUGCUGAUGAACCUGCUGUUAGUGGUGGUGCCUCGAUACGGAGCUUACGCUAUGGUGUCUCUUGGAGUGACGCUGUGCGCCGCGGCAGGAGGCUACUGGGCCUCUUUACCCAACGCUCCCCUCAUAGUCAGAUUGGAUGGAGCCAUGCUGUUCUUCUCGCUCGGCUGGUGUUUCUGGCUAGUGCUUAUUGCAGGUAGUUCGUGUGUCCUAGUAGGGUUGUUCAUAGCGAUACUGGACCUGAUCUGGCCGCAUCGCUUCUCCACCGUCCUGGAGGUGGACUACGACACUCCGUACGAUAGACACGUGCUGAUCGUGGACAGUAGGCAGCGAGCUAGGCCCCAGAUGCAAGCAUCGUUGCCUACAAGGAUAUUAAGGAGACUGUCUUCAAAAACCCGUGAGAACGAGGGCCAGGUAUCCAUGUCGGUUGUAAACGAAAGCAGAGGACGAGACAACCCCGCCUUCCAACACGAGCAGAGGAAACCCAACUCGCCGUGGAGGUAUCCGUUAUUUAGGAGACAAUUGGAUCGUGCGGAUUCAGCAUCGAGUCUGGGUUCCAGCGUGAACGGCAACAACAGCUCGAACAUCAAAAUGUCUCCUCUGGCGGGGAGUCAUCCCUCUUCGUCUCCCGCAAUACCUCCACACAGGUACCGACCUCAGAUACCAGCCGCGGAGCGAGUUAAAGACAUGUGGUGAUUGUAAAUCGCCCUAGACAUAGCAUAAUUUAUGAAAUGCAAUUUGUACGAUUACGACUUAGUUACUGAUCUCUACGAAGAAUAUUACGUAAAUAUUUAAAUUGAAUUUAACACUUAACAUUAACAACAUGGAUCGUGAUUAAAUACAUUAAUCUAAUACAAUAUUCAUUAGUUGCCAAUAAGGAACGGAAGAAAUAUCCUUGUUAAAAAUUAAUUCCUGACUUAAAAUACAAUUUUAUUAUAAAAGAUUUAAAUUUUCCGACUUUUGGACGUUACAAGUAUUAAUAAAUCAAUCAUUAAUUAAAUUUAGGAAUAGGUUUUCAAUAUACUUAAAUUUUAGCCGACUUAAUAUUAAUGUUGACGUAAUAAGACACAAGAACUUUGCUUGACUUCAUCGAAUGAACUGUAAAUAUGUAAAUUUUAGUAAAUUAUAAAAUAAAAAUACACUCCAGUGUCAUAAAUUAUUCAUAGAAUUAUAAAUCUUACAGUUACCGCGACGAAGCGUUACCUAACGUAGAAACUACUUAUUUACUUUAACAAGUUCUCGGUAACUUGUAUGUAUGACUACUACAAACAUUGCAAUAACUGUUGAACAAUUGAGAAACUCUAGUAAUUUUACAUUUUCACCUCAACACUUUUCUUGUAAUUGCGCAAAUUACUUUAUUUAAUAAUAAUCUCUUAUGAUUUUUGCCUUUCGUGAACACAAUACAAAAGUAGACUAAAAUGAAAAUUGUUUCUCGUGGUUACAUAUCAUUGUAAGAAAUGGUUGAUAUUAUAGAUCCAGGUCUUAAUUAAUUUCUAACAACUGUAUUCAAACAUACAUCGACACACAAGUGAAUACUUUGUGCCAUGUAAAUUCUGUUAUAUUAUCUAGUACAUUUAUAAUACAUAAAUAACGAAAAAAUUAGCAAAUUAAAAUAAAAUGAAACAAUUAGACAAUCCUAUUAGACUUAUCGAGAAUGUACAUAUUAAAGUGAUUGUAAAAAGUAGAAGGCAGUCAUGUUAGUUUUAAUUUUAAGUUAUUUAUUUUGUAAAACAUGUAGUUGAGUGAGUGAAUGACUUGUGAUAUUUAUGUUCGAUCUUAGUAUAAUUGUAAUCACAAUUUUAGUAUUCUACGUCACUUUAGUUCUUAAUUUACUUGGACAUUUUCAAUGUUGUGAAGAUAUGUUUGCAACAGUGAAAGUGUAUUGUUAUUAAUUACGCCUAUAAUGUACCUUCCUACCAUAAAAACAAAAUAUUAUGUCCUCGUACGUAAUUUCUGAUCAUCUCUGGCAAGGGUUCCUGCGACGAUGAACAGAAAAUACCAUGUUCCGACGUACUAUUUAGAAUGACCGUCCAGAAAAUAUUUAUUGUGAUCGAGAAAAUAAAAAAUUAUAAAUUUUAA